AUGCACGUAGUUAUAGGCAGUAAAUCCAUCAAGUUCUUCAUUAAAAUCUUGAAAUAUCUUGCCAAGUAUUCAUCGGAAUAUUGUUUUGAAGCCAAAGAUAAUCAAUUUCUCAUAAAAACUUGUAGUUCAAGUCAGAUUGCUCUGGCACUAGUGACAUUUGAUGAGUUAUUUUUCGUGAAGUAUGAGGCAUCAGCAAAUCCUGACGAGAAUGUGUGUAGAGUAUCAGCAAAAGUGUUAUUAAAUGUUUUACGGACACCAAAGUCUAUAGCUAGCUGUACGAUGCGAUUUGACAUCCCUAAUGAUUGUAUUUAUGUUAAUAUCGUCAAAAAUAAUGAUGUCGUUGUUAAGAACAAGGUGUCAUUGCUAGAAUUCGAUGAACUGGAUGAUUUUACUAUUCCGAAUGAGUUAAGCGAGGUAGUUUGCCAGCCAUCAGUCUUCCGCAAGAUCUUAUUAUCAUCACGAGGAAUUGAUGAAUUGGAAUUUUACUAUAAAAAUGAUGAUGUGACUAUCCAAAGCUACAUAGAUUUUCCCGAUGAAGAUUGUGAAGCCAUUAGACUAAGUUAUACGAUUGGCACUUCCUCAUUUACAUCAUACAAUAUUAGAGCUGAACAAACACUCAUUGUAUCAUGUAGUGAUUUUAUCUUGUUCCUUAAUUUAGCUCAGUCAUUAAAUACCGAAGUUCAAAUACAGUUUUCAAAUCCUGGGAGACCAAUGAUAUCGAGAAUAAGUAGCGAUGGAACUUUUUCAGUGUCAUUAAUUCAAGCUACACUUCCACCAAAAUCAUUUGCUAAGAGAAAUAUUAGAAAUCAGUCAUACAAUAAAGUUGUCAUGAAUUACAUUGGGAGACGCAAAACUAAUGAAUUUGAGGAAUCAAAUGACGAUGCAUCGAUUACUGACAGUGAAGCUGCUCAUGCUGGAAAUCCACAAAUCGUAUUCACAACAUCAAAUCAAGAAAACAACUCAAAAAUCAUAAAUGAAACAUCCAAAAAUAAAUCAAAGUCUACAAAUCGAUCAGAUCAAACUUACAUGUCGACUCCAUCAAUUACAGCUAGGGGAACUCAAAAACGAAAGAGUGCCGACCAGAACAUGAUUGAAGAUGAUGAAAUGGACACAACAGUGGACAAUCUACAAGAAAAACGGCAAAAAUUAUCAGCAGGAAGCACAAUUAUUGGCACAAAUACAUCAAUAGUCUUAUCACAGAUAGAAAUUAAUGAAGUUAAUGACAUUAUGUCUAAUAUUGCAAGCAUAUGUGAAAUGCCUAAUGAUGAUGAUGUUGAUAUGGAAUAUCUAGUAAAUCCACCGGCAAUAGAACUGCCAAAUAUUUCCCCAACUGUCAGUUCCGAAGAACAAGCAAUAAAUGAAGUAGAAAUGAUUGAAGCUAUUGAAUCCGAAAAAACUAACACAGAAAAUCUAUUUUCCCAUAAUCGAUGGUCAAUGCACAAUAGCUACUUUAAAGAAACUGAUAAGCAAAGCAAUUCUGAAGAUCCAGCAGCAAAUGUAAGUGAUCCAAAAUCGGAAUGUGUUUUAGAGAAACUUUUUGGACAUAUCUUUAAACCGCGAACUAAGGUUCAGUUUGGAAGAGUUAUUGUACCAGGAAGUGAUACAGAGCCAGAGGAUGAUUAG